AUGGGUAAGGGAACAGACAAGCUCUAUAUUACACACUCUGAGUGGUCAUCGGCCGACGCCUUCUCCCCCAGUGUUGGCGCAGGCGCGUCUGCUCGCAAUCACCAUGCCGGCGCCUCAUUCCGUCGUCUACCCUUCAACUUUUGCGCCGCCAGUCUCCAGCCCUUCAAGAACCCCGUCUGCACACCAGAUGGAACAAUUUUCGACGUCGAAGUUAUUAGCGCCUGGCUUGAGAAGCAUCCCAACCAGAACCCCGUCUCUGGCGAGCCUCUACAGAAAAAAGAUUUAAUCCGCCUCAACUUUGCUCGAAACUCGGAAUCGGACUCUCUUGGUGCUGGUUUGAGUGACGGGAGAGGCGACCUGAUUGAUCCGGUCACAUACAAGGUCUUCACGGAUAACACACAUAUUGUCGCCAUUCGACAUGGCACUUAUGCCAACGUGUUUGCCUGGAAUACGGUCGAGCGCAUGAACAUCAAACCUAAAUCAUGGCGCGACUUGGUCGACGACGAAGAGUUUACUCGCGCCGAUAUCAUUACACUCCAAGACCCCCAGAACGCUGCCAGUCGCAAUCUAGAUCAAUUCAAGUACCUGAAAGAAGGACACGAAGCGCAAUUGACCAAAGAGCAGGAGGAGGAGCGCAAUGCUGGCAAUAUCAACUCUAGUGCUUUGGGAAGCAUGGGCGACAAAGUCUCGCGCGCAAAAGCAGCAGUGGAGAAGGCGCGCAAAGCUCGUGAGCAGGGCGGCGAUGUCAAUCGUAGCUCAACUGCUCUGACCAAGCCCGGAGCUGCUGGCAAUGUGGUCCGCCAGUCCAUGAUCAAGGACAAAAAGCUAGCUGUUAACUCAGCUGCAUACACCACAGGCAAGGCCGCAGCUAGUUUCACCAGUACGGGAUUGACCCCUGAGACAAGCGGCGAAAGAGCUCUACUGUCGGACGAGGAGUAUAUGCUCAAGCCCAAGCGCGUCAAAACAACUGGCUAUGCUAGAAUAGAAACAAAUUUGGGCGACUUGACGAUCGAGCUAUAUCCAGAAUUUGCGCCAAAAGCGGUAUGGAACUUCAUCAGAUUGGCACAGACUGGCUACUAUAAAGGCGUGGCAUUUCACCGAAACAUUCCCAACUUCAUGAUUCAGGGCGGCGAUCCGUCAGGCAGUGGUCGAGGUGGUCAGAGUAUUUGGGGCAAGUAUUUUGACGAUGAGUUCGACGGUCCCAUGUCACACAAUGCCAGAGGAACGAUUUCUAUGGCUAACAAGGGCAAGAACACAAACUCAAGUCAGUUCUUUAUUGCUUACAAGCCAACACCUCACCUCGAUCGCAAACACACGGUUUUUGGGAAAGUUGUCUCGAAUCUCAAUGUGCUCUCCAAGAUGGAAGAUGUGCCCACUGAUGGAUCUAAUCGACCUCUGAACAAGAUUGUCAUCAAAGACAUUGUCAUAUUUCACGACCCUUUUGCCGAGUUUCAAAAACAGAAACAAGAAAAUGAGCGUCAGACAAAGGAGCAGGAAAAGAUUCGGCUACAAGGUGGCACAGAUGAUGACAGAACGACGUGGACCGGCAAACGGAUACGUAACGACGGCAGUAUCGAGACCACAGGUGCUGGGGAGAGUGUCGGAAAAUAUCUAAAAGCCGCUACUAAACAGAGCGCACCAGCAACUGCCGAGGCGGAUAUUGAGGACGUUGACACCUGGGAGGAGCCAGCACGCAAGAAGAUGAAGGGAGGUGGUUUCGGGAAUUUCGAUGGGUGGUAA